UUGGCUGCAGUCACUGCUAUAAGUGAACACAGAAUAGAAACACUCAUUAGAGUUAAGAGCAUGUAUUUUUCUGUUUAUGUCAACAGUUAAUAAAAAAUAAUGUUAUUGAAUUAUGGUAGUCUUCGAGAUUUUGUUGCCCAGCUUGUAUUAGAAACAGCGUUUAAUCCAUUGUUCUCGCUGUGUUGUGGAGCUAUGGUAACUUUGUGUUGGUGGAAACAGCAGGCUAUGUUGAAGAAACAGGUGAGAGCGAACAAAGAUGGAGGCACAGCAAACUCCAAAUGAACCCAAGGAGCGACUGCAAGUUUUGACAGACGAAAAUAUGCAGCUUCGGGACAAAAUUGAACGUCUUUCCACUAAAGUGGGCCACCUGGAGAGCAGACUGGGUUACCUGGCCAACUCCAACACAGACCUCUCCUCCAGGCUGGUCCAAAGUGAAGAAGAUAAACUUAAGAUAUCUAAGGAGCUUGUAGAGGAGAAACUUCAGAUAAACAACAUAAGAGAGAAGUUUGAAGAGGAGAUAUUUGAUCUGAAAAACAAGAUACUCAACCAGGCUGGUGUGAUAACGGAGUUAGAGAUGGAGCGAGAUAAGCUGCUUAUUGAACUCCAGUGUGCCGAGGCUCGUCUGAAAGCUGGAGAGGAGAGCGGUCGAGACCUGACAGAGGAGUACGUCACGCUGAAGAACAACUACCUUGCUCUGUCUGAGGCUCACAAUAAAGAGCUCGCUCAGAGUGAAGAGCUGAGUGCUGAGCUGCUGGCUCUAGCACGGGCACAGGACGCCCUCCGCAGGCAGCUGGAGGAACAGCAGCAGAGUGUGGAGACCACCACUCAAGGCCUGCAUGGAGAGCUGGAUAGGGUGCGGGCCUUAAUCAGCCGCAUGUCACAUACCCGAGUCAAGCUGGAGGACCUGGCAGCUUUGGAUAAGGAGCAAAAAACAAUGGAGAAAACUCUGCUUGGAAACCAAUAUGAGCUCAAAAACAUGCUGGAGAAAAUGAAGAGCAGCUACGAGGAGCAGCAGAGGAAACUGGAGGAGAAAGUGGUAGCAAUGGUUAAAGAGCAGCAGGAGAACAAAAGAGCGAUUCGUAACAGCCAGCAAAAACUGUCUGAGCAGAAUGCGGAACUGAUGUGCUCUCACAGUCAGGUGAAGGAGGUAGAAGAGGAGAACUCCAAGCUGCAGCUUCAAGUCAAAGAGCUGAAUGAGGAAUAUUGUGCGAGACUUGUGUGCUAUCUGCAGGACUUAGCUGAGUACAUUGAUGAUCUUGGAGAGGGUAAAAAACCUGCAGAGGUUACUAAAAUGAGGAUGUUUGUGGACAGCAUGCUGCAGGAUGUUCGUUCAUCUCACAGAGUCAGAGAGGAACAGCUCGCCUCAGCUGCUCGCUCCUAUAAGAAAAGACUUCAGAAGAUGACAAAAAUCCAUCAUGCUUUAAUCGUGUCAUACAGGGUUCAGAGGGAGCAGAUCCUGCUCAAACCAGAGUGUGGUCUUGACCCCGGACCUCCAGAAGCACACUUCAGUCUGGAGGCGGCUGCGCUCAGAGAUGAAACAGAGAAGGAGCUUCAGCAGCUCCGUCAGGACAAGGCGAGGCUGGAGGCUCAGCUGCAGGUGGUCCCGGAGCAGAUGCCUGUCCUCCAACCACCAGUUCAGAUUGAAAGCUGCCAGAACAGGCCUGCAAAACUGCAGCAGAUAUGUGAGGAAUCCUGGUCAGACGUACGGAAACAGCUGAAGCAGGUCACAGACUCCACACUGGUAAGCCUGGAGAAGGAGCGUGCCCUCCUCAUCACCAGAGUGAACGCUGCUGAGGCGCAGGUAUCAGAGCUUCAGGAUUACAUCGACAAACACUUGAGAAGGUAUGAAGAGAAGAUCUCACAUUUCUGCACAGUGCAUGGGAAACAGGAAGCGGGGCUCUCCCAAAGUGCUAAUACAUCUCUUCAUUAGGAGGCUGAAUGCUAAAUCUGAGCCCUGUCUUUUACUGCAUUUUAAUCAAAGGUGACUUUUUUUUCUUCAUCAUACAUUUUGAAUCUUAGAGAGAAAUUUCUAGUCUUAAACUUUAUUAGAGUAAAAGAGAAAGCUUUUAUUGCCAAUUUAUGUGUGUACAAUGUGAUCAGAGAAUGCUUUUAUCCAAAAGUGCAUGCUUUUGUAACUGGUA